CGUUUCCACGGCGAGACCACAUCCUUUGAACAUAACACAUAAAAGCAAGGGUGAGAAUCAGGAGGGGUGCACUCGUCAUCACCAGAUCAAACAAGUGGAUAAGAAGAAAUGUUGUCUCUGAAGAGUUUCGGCGCUUUAAUCUCCUCUGUCAUUCUCCUUACUGCCAGCUCAGGCCACAGUUCUGAGAUCAUCAAUGGGAAAGAGGUGCAGCAACACUCUCUGCCUUUCAUGGCUCUGCUAGAGAACGACAAGCCGAUGUGCGGAGGGGUUCUAAUUGAUCCAAAAUGGGUCUUGACCGCUGCACAUUGCAGAGACAUUAAGACGGUGCUGCUGGGGGUUCACUCCAUCAAAGACAAGGCUAAGGAAAAGAAUUUCAGGCAGGUUCGGAAAGUGAAGAAGAGCAUUCCUCAUCCUUGUUUCGAUAAGGAUGAACGGGUCAAUGACCUCAGGUUGCUAAAGCUCGACAAGGCAGUGAAGCUGACCAAGUGGGUCAGUGCUCUCAAGCUAAAUUAUAACGUCAAAGAGCCAACAGCUGGAUCCAGAUGUCUGGUGGCUGGAUGGGGGAAAACCAACAACAGGGUUGAUAAAAUGUCUGACGUCCUGAUGUCUGUCAACGUGACUGUUAUCGACAGAGUGAAAUGCAACUCUCCAGAUUAUUACAACUUUAACCCUGUCAUCACUAAAAGCAUGAUAUGCGCCGGCUCAGACGGCAAAAACGUUGCUGAUUCCUGUCAGGGAGAUUCAGGAGGACCAAUCAUAUGCAACGGAUUUCUGGUUGGAGUCACUUCUUUUGGAGAUAAGUGUGGAGUCAUAAAAAAGCCCGGGGUGUACACUUAUCUCACAGCAAACCUCCUCAACUGGAUCAAGAAGACGACAAAGACAGCUGAAAUAUAAAAAAUGGCUCUUCAAAUGAUCAGCUUAGAGCUGAAAGUGUGCAGUACUCAUGUGAAUGUGUGCAAAUAUUCUCAUUUACUUUGAUCACUUUAGGUACUUCAGGUAACUGUUUUAUUUCUACGUAAGAUUGUUUGUCUCAUGAUCUGCUAAUAAAGAAAUCUGUUGUUCCCUGUAAUUAAAUCGAAACCCCACCUGCCUCUAUGGCACCCUAUCACAUCAUUUAAGGUUAGAACAAAUCCAUAUAAUGUCAUUUUAUUGUAAAAAAUUAAAUAACUUUCAUGAAAUAAAUCUGAUUUAAACAA